AUGGCUUUCGGCCUUACGUCGUCGAUAUUCUUUGUGAUUUUCGCUCUCGGUAACUUCGUUCAUUCUGGGCCUUACGCUAACGAACGAAUACCAAAGGACAACGUUACUACAACUAUCGAUAAAAAAGAUUCAUUUGACACGAAUCAAAAUAUUUCAAGCUUUAGUAACCUUGACACAGAGAAUGAUUACGAAUACGAGGACGAAGAUGAGGAUCUUGAAAAAUAUAAAAUUGCAACCAGGAAAUCAUUGGAUGAUAGUAAAAGAGCAUUUUCCUUGUUUGGUACAGUUGAAUCUGUCUUCUCAGCAAUGGCUAAUAGUUUGAAUAAUAUAGUGAGUAGUAUGAUGGGAACACAAUCGAAAAGUUCAACUAGCCGAAGUAAUAGAAUCAGUUAUAGAAAUCAUCAAUUAUUAAGAAUAUUUCCUAUAACUAAUGAACAUAUUACCGAACUUCGUGAACUCAGGGAUUCUGAACCUGAUGAUAUUAAAUUUUGGAACGAUCCCAUAUUGAAUAGGACAACCGAUGUCGUUGUUGGACCGGACAUAGUUUCGGAUGUGAAGGAAUACUUGAAAAGUCAUAAAAUUGAUUUUAAAGUACUCAUAUCGGAUAUUCAGAAGACGAUCAAUUACCAAAAUCCAAAGAUGUCUAAGGAACAACGUGCCGAUCUUGUAACCAAUCAAGGACACACCAUGACUUGGAGACGAUAUCAUCGUUACGGGGAAAUCUUAAGAUAUUUGGAAUAUCUCUCAUUCAGAUAUCCAACCAUGGUUGAAAUAAUUACUAUUGGUCAUAGUUACGAAGGAUUACCUAUUAAAAUGACCAAAAUAUCGACUGGACCUAAACGUGACGGUGAACCAAAACCUGCUAUCUGGAUUGAUGCUGGUAUGCAUGCCAGGGAAUGGAUCAGUAUUGCUGUAGCGACCUAUAUUUUAAGUCAGUUGGUUGAAAGAAACUCGUCUUACACGAAAUUGUUGGACGUUUCCGAUUGGAUGAUCUUACCUGUUGCGAAUCCAGAUGGAUAUGAGUAUACGCACACGCAUGAUCGACUUUGGAGGAAAACGAGAAGUUAUCACGGUGAUCAUAGUGCCAGAUACUCGCCAUCAAGUUUAUUUCAUUUAAUGUCACAUUACACCAAAUGGUUUUGGACAAAAUGCGAAGGUGUAGAUCCAAAUCGUAACUUUGGAUAUCAAUGGGGUGAACGUAACAAUGGUGGAACAAGUUUGGAUCCUUGUCAUGAAACUUAUGCUGGUCCAUAUGCAUUUUCAGAACCAGAAACAAAAGCAAUUGCUGAAUAUAUUAUGGCUAAUCGACAAAAUAUUAGAAUGUAUCUGACGUUACAUUCAUAUGCACAAAUGUGGUUAUCACCUUGGGCUUAUGUUAGAAAUAAUCCAGUAGAUUAUUCGGAAUUAACAAGCGUAGCAAGAAGAGCUGUUAACGCAAUAGCAAAAGUUCAUGGUACCAGUUAUCAAGCUGGUCCAGCAGCUGAUCUCUUGUAUCCAACCUCAGGAGCUUCAGACGAUUGGGCCAAAGUUACGGCUGGGAUUAAAUAUGCUUACACGGUUGAACUUAGGGAUCGUGGUACUUAUGGUUUUCUACUUCCUGCAACACAAAUUGUACCAACGGGAAGAGAAAUUUGGGCUGGAAUACGAGCCAUAGCUCGUCUAGUCACAUGCAACACGUAACGCUAAUCUAAUUGCGUGGAUCUAUUUAUUUUAUUUGAUAUUGAACAACAAAAUGAUAUAUCUCUAUACGUCAAGAUAGAUUGACGAUAAAUUUAGAUAGAA